CCCGGUGCCCAGGGCGUCCCGGUGGGCGGUCCGCCCCAGUGAUGGCGCAUAAAACCGCUGGCCACCUGCCGGGCCGCUCCUCCGUGCGCUGUGAGCCUCGUCCUCGGAGUCGCUGCCUCUAUCACCUCCGUCCCCGUCUCGGUCCCUCCACAGGCGCGGAACCCCGCGAGCACCGCGCGGGCGCCGGGGCGCGCAGACAUGGGCAACCUCUCUAGAGCGCGCCGGGUGACCGCGGCGCUGGGUUUCAUCGGGCUCCUCUUCGCCGUGCUGGGCAUUAUCAUGAUCGUGAUGGUGCCCUCAAUCAUCAAGCAGCAGGUCCUCAAGAAUGUGCGCAUCGACCCCAACAGCCUGUCUUUCAACAUGUGGAAGGAAAUCCCUGUCCCCUUCUACCUCUCUGUCUACUUUUUCAACAUUGUCAACCCUGAGGAGAUCAUCCGAGGCCAGAAGCCACAGGUGCAGGAGCGUGGGCCUUAUGUGUACAGGGAGUUCAGGCACAAGAGCAACAUCACCUUCAACAACAAUGACACGGUGUCCUUCCUGGAGUACCGCAGCUACCAGUUCCAGCCGGAUAAGUCCCGCGGCCAGGAGAGUGACUACAUCGUCAUGCCCAACAUCCUGGUCUUGAGUGCGUCGAUGAUGAUGGAGAACAGGCCUGGAUUCUUGAAGCUGAUCAUGACCCUCGCGUUCAGCACGCUUGGCCAGCGUGCCUUCAUGAACCGCACUGUUGGCGAGAUCAUGUGGGGCUAUGACGACCCCUUAAUCCACCUCAUCAAUCAGUACUUCCCAAACUCGCUCCCCUUCAAGGGCAAGUUCGGCUUAUUUGCUGAGCUCAACAACUCCGAUUCCGGCCUCUUCACCGUGUUCACAGGGGUCAAAGACUUCAGCAGGAUCCACCUCGUGGACAAGUGGAAUGGGGUCAGCAAGGUCAACUUCUGGCAUUCCGAUCAGUGCAACAUGAUUAACGGAACUUCUGGGCAGAUGUGGGCACCAUUUAUGACCCCCGAAUCCUCGCUGGAAUUCUACAGCCCCGAGGCCUGCCGGUCCAUGAAGCUCGUCUACAAGGAGCAGGGGGUGUUUGGAGGCAUCCCCACCUUUCGCUUCGUGGCUCCCAACACCUUAUUUGCCAACGGGUCCGUCUACCCGCCCAACGAGGGUUUCUGCCCCUGCCGGGAGUCCGGAAUCCAAAACGUCAGCACCUGCAGGUUCAAUGCACCCUUGUUUCUCUCCCAUCCUCACUUCUACAAUGCUGACCCAGUCCUGGCAGAGGCAGUGUCUGGCCUCCAUCCUAACCCAAAAGAACAUUCCUUGUUCCUGGACAUCCACCCGGUCACUGGAAUCCCCAUGAACUGUUCUGUGAAACUGCAGCUGAGCCUCUUCCUUAAGUCUGUGAAAGGCAUCGGACAAACUGGGAACAUCCAGCCAGUGGUCCUGCCGCUAAUGUGGUUUGAAGAGAGUGGGGCAAUGGAGGGUGAGACCCUUGAGACGUUCUAUACCCAGCUGGUGUUGAUGCCCAAAGUGCUGAACUAUGCCCAGUAUGUGCUCCUUGCCCUGGGCUGCGUCCUACUGCUCAUCCCCAUCAUCUACCAAAUCCGGAGCCAAGAGAAAUGCUAUUUAUUUUGGAUUAGUUUUAAAAAGGGCUCAAAGGAUAAGGAGGCCGUUCAGGCCUAUUCUGAAUUCCUGAUGACAUCAGCUCCCAAGGGGACUGUACUGCAAGAAGCAAGACUGUAGGGUUCCAAAGAUGCCAUCAGCCAGCCCAGUCUGGCUGCUCGGCCAGCCCAGCUUCCCAGCCCCUACACACCGCUUCUUCAGGACUCGCUCAGUGGACAGCCCACCAGUCCCAAAGUCUGAGCCCCCCACCUCCUGCACAUUCCACGCGCACACACACACACAUACACACGCAUGCCCCUGGCACGUGUCCACAGGUGUGUGCAGACACUCAGGGAUGGAGCCGCUGCUGAGAGACUUGGGGUAAAGACUGGUCAACAAGGACUCUUCUGGAAACGUCUCUCCAAGUAAUCCACAGGCCUGACCAUAGGUGCUAUGGGCACGGGGUCCCCUAGCCCAGGCUCUUAAUGACUCACGUCACUUCUCCCCAGCGGCCCGCUCCAUCUGUCUUGAAACACUGCAGCCCCUUCCUGGUGGCUCAUCCAGGCAGGACAGGGCGUUUACCCUGAGAGGCCGCCACUGUCCCCAGAUCCAGCCUAGGAGUGCUGACUUCUUGUGCCCGAACCUGGUGGGCAAGGUUUUGUGGUUCAGCAAUCCAGCCCGGACUAGAGCUGUAGCCACUGGACACCCAUCUGGGCCUCAGAAACGGAGAUGCAUCCUAAACCCCCUGCAGGAUCAUGGGUUUGGGUGUCCGGGUCCCUUCCCUCCAGCCUAAACUGACAUCAUCCUGUAUACUGAGCCGGUGACUUCCUGGCAGGGGUGGCGGGAGGCUGUGCCCUGAGCUGCCCCCCACCAAGGUCUGCAGCUCCCAGGUGCCAGAGCAGGGGUAGAGAGGCUCCGUCUGGGACGUCAGCCUGGGUGUCUGGUCAGGAGACCCGCCCGUCUGGGACUCCUGGUCUCUGGGA